AUGGAGUCAUCGGACGGCAUCGCGAAAUUGUUCAGUGACGAAUUGGGAAAACACGGUGUAUGGUCGAAAUAUCGGCUUUGGUCGACCGAGAAGAAGGAGAAGCCGGCGGAGGAGAGACGAGAGGACGAUACUGAUGAGGAUAUUCAAACAUCCGAGAGGACCGAUUUCAAAGAUGUCCUUCUUCCAAGAGAAUCAUCGCUUCAUAUUGUGGCAAACGCGAAAAAUGUGAAAAUAAUUCACAACGAGACUACGCGGGUCGCUAAAAUGAUUCUAGACGCUGUCAAAGAUGGGAGCAUCGAUCACAUCUACUUCAAAGCACAAAAGCAGCAUCCAGUCGGGAAUGAUGAGGACACAUUGAACUGGAUAUUUCUGCUCGACUCGAUCAAUUUCUCAUUUUGGCCCGAUGAGGGCCAACACUACGAUGUGAUGCUUGACGGCGAACUUCAAACUGGCUAUUUCGCCGCGUGCGCUGCAAUCAACAACGCAAUGAAGAAAGGUGUGCCAGUGACGUCGGCGGAAUGGAUGGCGACGGUUCAGAAGGAUGAGCUCGACGAGAUAUUGAAGUCGCACUCAGGGCAUUCAAUUCCGCUUCUAGAUGAGAGGUUGAAGGCAAUCAAUUCUUCAGGAAAAGCGCUUUUGGAGUAUUUCAAUGGAAGCUUCUUCAGCGUGAUUCGCGAAGGCAAAUUCGAUGCUUUGGAAAUUCUUCGCCUCGUCAUCAAAUAUUUCCCAUCGUUCCGCGAUUUUGCCAUCUUUGAAGGUCGCAAAGUGUCGCUACUGAAACGCGCGCAAAUCCUCAUCGCCGAUGCUCAUGGAGCAUUGGAGAAUCAUGAAAAUGGGCAGACAAUCAAAGGAAUUGACAAAUUGACCAUGUUUGCCGAUUAUCGCGUUCCUCAAGCGCUCGCUUUCUUAGGAGUAUUGGAGUACUCGCAGAAUCUGUUGGAUGUUCUGAAUAAGAAGGAGCUUCUCGAAAAUGGAUCAGACGAGGAGGUUGAGCUUCGAGGAUUCUCGAUUGCGGCUUGCGAGGAAAUCGUCAACCAAAUGAACACAUUGGUUUCAUCAUGCGACGAAUACAAUAAUGUUCGGCCAUUGACCGCAAUUGAGGUCGAUUAUUAUCUCUGGCUCUACAGAAGACGUCACGCCAAGGAAAUCGAGGAAAAAAUCCCAUUUCAUCGCACAAGAUGCAUUUUCUACUAG